AGAAGUAAAGAAGCAAGGAGCCAUUUGUAGCACUUAUCUGUCUUGUUACUGUGAUACUGUGAUGGCUUUUUUGUGCAGAAGUGCGGCUCUGCUCCUCAGACCGUGCAAAACUGCGCCGGUUGCCCUGUCUGCGGCUCGUCUCUGCAGCUCAGGUGGUCAGUAUGAAUACAUUGUAGUGGAAAAACGAGGAGAGAAGAAGAAUGUUGGGUUCAUCCAGCUGAACAGACCCAAAGCCUUGAAUGCGCUCUGUGACGGUCUGAUGAGGGAAGUGGGCCAUGCUUUGGACAGUUUUGAAGCCGACAAUGGCGUUGGAGCUAUUGUUAUUACAGGCAGUGAAAGGGCAUUUGCAGCCGGAGCUGACAUUAAGGAGAUGCAAAACCGAACAUUUCAGGAGUGUUAUGGGGGGAACUUCCUGGCACACUGGAAUAGAGUAUCAACAGUGAAGAAGCCUGUUAUUGCUGCGGUCAAUGGGUUUGCUCUGGGUGGAGGUUGUGAGCUGGCAAUGAUGUGCGAUAUCAUCUACGCUGGAGAAAAGGCACAGUUUGGCCAACCAGAGAUUCUUUUGGGAACUAUUCCUGGUGCUGGAGGGACUCAGCGGUUGACUCGUGCAGUGGGAAAGUCUCUUGCUAUGGAGAUGGUACUGACAGGGGACAAAAUCGGUGCACAAGAAGCAAAACAGUCUGGUUUGGUGAGUAAAGUUUGUCCUGUGGAUCAGCUGGUGCCAGAAGCUGUUAAAUGUGGUGAGAAAAUUGCAGCUAAUUCCAAGCUUGUGUCUGCCAUGGCUAAAGAGGCGGUCAAUGCAGCUUUUGAACUGACUUUGGCUGAAGGCAAUCGUUUAGAAAAGCGGUUAUUCCAUGCAACAUUUGCUACAAAUGAUCGUAAAGAGGGUAUGACUGCGUUUGUAGAGAAGAGAAAAGCAAGUUUCCAAGAUAAUUAAACUUCAAAGAGCGCUCUUGACUGAAAUGUGACUGUCUGGAUAAUUCAAACAUUACUGAUAAAUUACAAAACAGAAUGUGUGAGUUUUAGUUGUGAUACAAUGUGAUGCUUUGUCUUCAUGGCCUCUGGAUGUGGGACACUAUUACUGUCAUAACAGUUUUUGUACAAAAAAAUGAAAUUAAUUUGCCUUUUAAUUUACACAUUAUGUUUGCCUUUUGUAUAUAUAUUUCCGAAAUAAACCUAUGUAGUUGAUUA